ACCCGCGGCAGUGGCAGGACGCGAAAGAUGCGGGAAACGACAUCAACACUUUGCUCCGAGAGAUCUUGCCUGGUCCGGUAACUCCAGUCCGAGGGCAAGAGCCACCCACACAAUAUUUUCGCAUUGGCAUAGCCGAAACUCCAAGCUGGGCACUAAAACCGGAAUGCUUGGGCUAGAUGUGGGAUGACAUGUUGUCAAGGUCGAAUUGCGCACAUAUCUCUCUCGAUGAGGCACGAUUGAUGAAUCUCAUGAAACGCCUCCGAUUGCAGCUGCUAAAUCGACUAGCUGCAUUGAACUUGGAACGCUUCGCGUCGCAGCAACAAAGUCCCGCAAAUGCGCUCAUCUCGACCGCUACAAGCGACAGCGGCCGUUGCUUCACUAUACAGCCACGCAGCACGUCAGCGGAAGGUCGGAGGAGGAAGCGUAUGGCAAAGAAAGGAAGUCUCAGGGAGAAAGCAGAUCUGAGACUUCAAUGUGUAUUGACAGAACUAAGUUAAAGAGCGCUGUGAGACCUGUAGGCUACGGUCUGGCACAGCGUAGGAAUCUGUAUGCACAGAAUACAUGCCUCUGAUGAUCUUGAGGCAGUAUCCCUCCAAGGUUGGAGUGGAGCAGGGAGCCAGAGCUCAAAUUAUCUUCCGUUCACCAGGAAAGGAAGUCUCGUCCGGGGGGGUCGCGCACGUCUUUGCUUAGCAGGAUCAAAUCAAAAGCUCUUUCAAUCCUG